CUGCAGUACGUUCCUGGACCCAGAGACACGUCGUGCGAUGGGGGAGCAAGCGGUACAGCUGGCUAAAGCGGUCCAGUACUCCUCUGCCGGGACCGUAGAGUUCUUGGUGGACUCCAACAAGAACUUCUACUUCCUGGAGAUGAACACUCGCCUUCAGGUGGAGCACCCAAUCACAGAGUGUAUCACUGGUCUGGACCUGGUGCAGCAGAUGAUCCGGGUGGCCAAGGGUUUCCCUCUGCUYCACAAACAGGAAGACAUCCCCAUCAACGGCUGGGCUAUAGAGAGCAGAGUCUACGCUGAGGACCCCUACAAGUCSUUUGGUCUGCCCUCCAUUGGACGCCUGUCGCAGUACCAGGAACCCAUCAACCUCCCAAAAGUGCGUGUGGACGAGUGGGCAAUCCAAGAUAGGAAGUGACAUCAGUAUC